CUUUCUUCGUUGUGGUCAUCAUGAUCCUCAACAACACUUGGCCCCAGUACUUGGCGGUCCGCCUACUGAUCUUGUUUAUGAGAGACUUGGGCCUGUUAUGCAUUGGCUACUUCUUCACGGUGUUUGCCCUCGGUGGCGUAGUAGCAAUUGCACAUCCAGUCUCUAUCAUAAUCGAAUCACUCGGUGCCAUUGAGAUUCUCUUUUAUCUCUUUUUCUUCCUUCCGUAUCGCUUCAUCAUUCAGACUUUCAGACCAUACAAACCGCCACCAUUGACAAGAGCUGAACGGGCUGAGCUUUUCUACAAGGCCGCAGGCUUGAUACCGGACGUUGAAAGUUUCGUCAGGAAAUGGACAAACAACGCACACCUCGCGGAUAUCCGCAUAGACAAUGUCAAGGAGUGGCUGCUAUGGGCGCUCUUCGAGAUUGAGGACAUGAGGAGCAUCGACAUUGACACACACAAGGAACUAGACAGUUAUAUCGAAUACGUCCAGCAGGUGAUUGGUCUGGAAUUGAAACCCGGAAGAGGCGCUGCGGAACCACUUCGCUUGAGUUUCGAUCCUAUCUACGUGGAGCACCGAAGCCUGGUCUACUAUCUUUUCAUCGGAGGACUUGAUAUGAUGAUGAGCUUGUGGCUUCUCGCGACGGGCUACAAAUUCUACAGACGAGCUCGCUCAACAUUUUUUACUCUCUUUCCUGUUCGACCGCUUACCUUAUUGUCACCCAAUGUUUCAGACGCCCCUGAAAUGUCCUACUGGUAUAGGCCCCACCGCUCCAAGACUCACCGGCCCGUCAUAAUCGUGCACGGUCUUGGUAUCGGACUGCCCCCGUACCAGUUCUGGAUGGCUACAAUUCCAAAAGAUGUCGGCAUAAUUGCUGUCGAAAUGCUUCCAAUCUCGACACGAAUUACGUCUCAGGUAUUGCCUUCGACUCAAGAGCUCUGCGACAGCAUCGCUGCCAUCGCGGCACAGGCAAGACGGGAAGACCGCGCGUCAUGGAACGACUUUGUACUGGUCACAAGUUCAUACGGAACUUUGCUGGUCAAGAAACUGAUAAAUCAUCCAGAUUUCGGUCCUCGAAUUUCUGGCAAUAUUCUUUGUGACCCUGUCGCCCUUUUACUACACUUGCCUGAUGUUGCGUACAAUUUCACACGACGCACUCCAACUAAGGCGCGGCGAGGGCGACCGGGUCGGGCUAAUGAAUUUGAAAUUACGUGGGCCAGCGCGACAGAGGCCGGAACCGCCUACUCGCUUGCCCGACGCUUUUGCUGGAGAGAAUCUGCCUUGUGUCGGGAGGACAUAAUGCCAAGCGCCCAGGACGCUGAGAGAGGAACUUCGCGUUAUGGCGAUCAGGAAGAUCAAAGCCCGUCGUCGACAUCCAUGCGAACAACUGUGAUUCAAGGCGGCGAGGACUGCAUUGCGCCGGCCAAGAACGUGGCCGCGUAUGUCUUCGACGGGGGCGUGACUUAUAACCACAUCGAUAUUCGGGCUUGGAAGGAAUAUGAAUGGAAGGGUACCGAAGAGCUUGAGCUGGUAUUCUUGGACGGAAAGGAUCAUGGUCAGGCUAUGAUGGUCCCCAGGCCCUCGAAGAAAAUUAGGCAGGUCGUGGAAGGAUACUGUACGAGGGCGUUAGAUCCCACGGUAAGACCUGUCUCAAUGACAAGCAUGUAUGGAAAGGGAUAUUUGGAGAAGUGA